UCCCAGUGACCUUUGACGUUUAAGCGGCAAACAAUGUCUGAGUCGAUGGAAGAAGUGUGGACAAUCGUUGCUAAAAAUGUCAUAAUAUUGUAAUGUUAGACUCUUCGUGUUAUUGAAUUUUUUGCUCAAUUGCAGUUAAAACCUGUAUGGCACUUGAUGUAUGACAGCUGAGGAAAAUGACGUCUAUUAUCAAACUGACUGCUGUGUCAGGGGUGCAGGAGGAGUCUGCCCUCUGCUACCUGCUGCAGGUGGAUGAGUUCCGCUUCCUCCUGGACUGUGGCUGGGAUGAGAGCUUCUCCAUGGACAUCAUUGAUUCCAUGAAAAGGUAUGUCCACCAGGUUGAUGCGGUGCUCCUCUCCCAUCCUGAUCCCCUGCACCUGGGGGCCCUGCCCUAUGCUGUGGGCAAGCUGGGCCUAAAUUGCCCCAUAUAUGCCACCAUCCCCGUCUACAAGAUGGGUCAGAUGUUCAUGUAUGACCUGUAUCAGUCGCGCAACAACACUGAGGACUUCAACCUGUUCACCCUGGAUGAUGUGGACUGCGCUUUCGACAAAAUCCAGCAGCUGAAGUACUCCCAGAUUGUCAAUCUGAAAGGGAAAGGACAUGGUCUGUCCAUCACUCCACUUCCUGCUGGUCACAUGAUCGGAGGGACCAUCUGGAAGAUUGUGAAGGAUGGGGAGGAGGAGAUUGUUUACGCGGUGGACUUCAACCACAAAAGAGAGAUCCACCUGAAUGGGUGUACGUUGGAGUCGGUGAGCCGUCCCUCUCUUCUCAUCACAGACUCGUUCAACGCUACAUACGUACAGCCGCGUCGCAAGCAAAGGGACGAGCAGCUCCUUACCAAUGUAAUGGAGACCCUACGCGGCGACGGCAACGUGCUGAUCGCGGUGGAUACGGCAGGCCGUGUACUGGAGCUGGCUCAGCUGCUGGACCAGAUCUGGAGGACAAAGGACGCAGGGCUGGGGGUCUACUCUCUGGCCCUGCUCAACAACGUCAGCUACAACGUGGUGGAGUUCUCCAAGUCUCAGGUGGAGUGGAUGAGUGACAAGCUGAUGCGCUGCUUCGAAGACAAGCGCAACAACCCCUUCCAGUUCCGUCACCUGUCCCUGUGCCACAGCCUGGCCGACCUGGCUCGCGUGCCCAGCCCCAAGGUGGUGCUCUGCAGUCAGCCCGACCUGGAGUCUGGCUUCUCCCGCGAGCUCUUCAUCCAAUGGUGUCAGGACGCCAAGAACUCUGUGAUCCUUACCUACCGUACCACGCCCGGAACCCUGGGCCGCUACCUCAUCGACAACCCCGGGGAGAAGAUGCUGGACCUGGAGAUUAGGAAACGGGUGAAGCUGGAAGGCAGAGAGCUGGAAGAAUACCUAGAAAAAGAGAGAAUGAAGAAGGAAGCUGCCAAAAAACUUGAACAAGAAAAAGAGGUGGACGUGGACUCGAGUGAUGAGAGCGACAUGGAGGAUGACCUGGAGCUGCCGGCGGUGGUGAAAACCAAACACCACGAUCUCAUGAUGAAGGGAGACGGCGUCCGCAAGGGCAGCUUCUUCAAACAGGCCAAGAAGUCUUACCCCAUGUUCCCCACCCACGAGGAGAGGGUCAAAUGGGAUGAGUACGGAGAGAUCAUCAGACCGGAGGACUUCCUGGUACCAGAGCUCCAGGCCACUGAGGAGGAGAAGAACAAGCUGGAGUCGGGCAUGGCCAACGGGGACGAACCCAUGGACCAGGACUCCUCAUCCAAAGUACCCACCAAGUGUACCUCCACUACGGAGAACCUAGAGAUCAAAGCCAGGGUGACUUACAUCGACUACGAGGGCCGCUCGGACGGCGACUCCAUCAAGAAGAUCAUUAACCAAAUGAAACCGCGGCAGCUGGUGAUCGUGCACGGCCCCCCCGAGGCCAGCCUGGACCUGGCCGAGUCCUGCAAGGCCUUCACCAAGGACAUCAAGGUCUACACGCCCAAGCUGCAGGAGACUGUGGACGCCACCAGUGAGACACACAUUUACCAGGUGCGGUUGAAAGACUCACUGGUGAGCUCGCUGCAGUUCUGCCGCGCCAAGGACACAGAGCUGGCGUGGAUCGAUGGCGUACUGGACAUGCGCGUGGUCAAGGUGGACACAGGCGUGCUGCCUGAGGAGGGCAUGGUGAAAGGCGAGAAGGGAACUGGCGAGGAGGUUGUGGAAGACAGUGAGCUGGCCAUGGACGUGACCCCUGCUGACGAUGCCACCACGGACCAUAGCGUGGUGGCGCAGCAGCGCGCCAUGAAGACGUUGUUUGGCGAGGAUGUGCGCGAGCUGUCGGAGGAGAGUGAUGUCAUCCCUACCCUGGAGCCUCUGCCUGCCCACGAGAUCCCAGGCCACCAGUCAGUGUUUAUCAACGAGCCGCGGCUGUCCGACUUCAAGCAGGUGCUGCUGAGGGAAGGCAUCCAGGCUGAGUUUGUGGGAGGAGUGCUGGUGUGCAACAACAUGGUGGCCGUCCGCAGGGUGAGUUUGUGGGAGGAGUGCUGGUGUGUAACAACAUGGUGGCCGUCCGCAGGACGGAGGCGGGGCGCAUCGGCCUGGAAGGAUGCCUGUGUGAUGACUAUUAUAAGAUCCGUGAGCUGCUGUAUCAGCAGUAUGCUGUGGUGUAGGAGAGAGGAGCAACAUGCAGCAGAGAUGGUGUCAGUCAUGACAGUAUCACACAGACGGGAUGGAGGGGAGCGAGGACUAUUACCCAGAGGACCACAGGGUUUUAGGUAUUCUCCACACACAGGCUACCUGAGCUCCCCUCGGGAGCCUUUCCAGCUGUUUGAAUUCCAACUGCUGUGUUGAUUUGUUCUUUCCCCCCCAUUUAAAAAUCUGUUUACUGUUUAUUGUGCGUCUUUCCCCACCGCAGUGAGAGACAGAUGGGCUUUUCAGGAGUGACCUCUUCUUGAUGUGAACACAUGAUGUAACCCUUAGGGUCAUUUUUACCUCUCCUCAAGCCCCCUCGGCUCUGGACUGGGCUGGCGAGGUGAAAGCUUACCACACGCUGGAGAGUCCCAACAUCGUUCGACGUAGGCUGGAAUGGUUUAUCUGUUUUUUUUGUUUCUCAUUAAAGCUGCAAUAUGUAUUGUUUUGGGUGACCCGACCAAAUUCACAAUAGAAAUGGGAGUUUUUGAUCUGUCUUUCUCAUUGAAAGCAAGUUUAAGAAGUUGUAGAUCUCUUGUAUUUCUAUGCUUCCCAUUACGUUUUGUUUUUGCAUCUUUUACUUUCGGAUUCAUACACCAGCUUCUAACAGCCAAAACUGCUAUAUUUUGGGUUAUUGAAAAUAUAUUUCACCAUGGUUUAGAUGGUACAAUGAUUCUCUACAGUAUACAUUGUUUGUUUUGUCACACAAACAGAGAUUAGGAGAACCAUUAGAAUUUUAGCAACCAGGAAAUUGCGACUCAAUUAUCGCAUAUUGGAGCUUUAAAUUCCCUUUUCUGAACAAAUAAAUGUGUUUGUUUCCUAUAUAUUUUUCCGUGGGUCGAGAGAGGGGAAUAAGACGUGUAUACGCUGUCGGCAGGGUUGGGGUCAAUUUAGGAAGUGAACCAUGUUUCAAUGAGGUCCAUUUUUUUAAUUGUUUUUUUUGUUUAUUUUCAUUUUUACUUCCUGAGUUGAUUAAAUGGAAUUGAAAUGAAAUUGCCUGUAUGUAAGCAAGUACCAAUACAGGGGCUUUACUAAAUGGUACUGCUGCAGUUACAGUAUGACACCACCAGAUGGAGCUAUGUUUCAUCCAUUCUGUCUGCCUCAGAUUCCCUUUAUCAAGUGUGUUCACACAGCAGCAAUUCCAGGGUUAGAGAUGACAUUGUCCCUGCAGUAAUAUCUUGGUAAAUUAGCAUAAUGCACUGUCAUGUACAUAACACGCUAGAAUAGUCCAUUCUCUCAUGCCUGUAUUUCAGGUAACUGAAAUCAGGUUUAUUAUGAGACCGAGAAAAGUAAAAAUGGAUUUUAAAAUGG